GUCACUAUUUAUUCUCUCUUGGAGAGCAGGUGGGUUUUUGGUAGUCGGCUUUUAGACCAAAGCAUUCACGUUGAUCUUCUGGUUGUUUUGGAGAAUGGUGAUCACGAUGGAUUUAAGGUUUUGCCUUCUGUUUAUGGCUUCUGUCUCUUUUGGAGGAUGUUGGCAAGCACCCUGGUUUUGCCAUGAUUAUGACUGUCCAGUCUACACAGUUGUGAAUACAUAUGGGAGUUUUCAGGAGCGUCGUUAUGAUGCCAGUCAGUGGAUCACUACAGACAUUGCAAGCACCAGAGUCAAUGACAUCCAAGCAGGCUUUUGGAAACUAUAUUACUUUAUGCAAAGGAUAAAUAAGGAUGGAAAUGAAAUUGUCAUGACCCGUCCAGUAGUGAUUUCAGUAACUGAAGCAAGUGAGAAUGGGGGUAAACAAGUGUCAAUCUCCUUCUUCAUCAGUGCAGGCGUUGUCCUCCCUGAACCUAAUGAUGAGACUAUCAAGAAAAAAGACCUGCCUGCUGCAACAAUAUAUGUUCGGGAAUUUGGGGGAAUUGCAUCUGAGGAAGAUGUCAAUGAGAAUGUGAAGAAGUUGAAGGAAGACCUGAAAGUUGUGGGGAAACAGUUUGAUGGCACUAGAUUUGAGGCGGCUGGAUAUGAUGCUCCAUGGAUCCUAGUGAACAGACACAAUGAAGUAUGGAUAUAUGCUGCCUAAAUAUAGCUCCAGAUUAUUCAGUAACAGCUGGGAAUUACAGAUUUAUGAAUCUCAUAAUUGUUAUAACUAAACACUCUCACACUCAAUGUGUAUUUUUGCAAUCUUUAACUUGUACUUAAAAAGUCAUUUAGCCAAAGAAUUGUAAAAGAAUUAAAAGAAAUAGUGGAUGAAGUUUUUAAACAGUUUU